CGUAUAAAUUCAGUUAUAGGCGGCGGAUACGCGCACAUUUCGCUUUCGGCGUUUAAUGGUUCUGGGCAUAACUAGAUUAGCGGUACGAAAAAUGGCAGGAAAAGUUCCGAAGAUCAAGUUCAAUAACGGCCAGGAGUUUCCUAUUUUUGGGUUGGGCACUUGGAAGUCCAAACCUGGUCAAGUGACCCAAGCAGUCAAAGACGCUAUCGACAUUGGGUACCGUCACAUCGACUGCGCUCACAUCUACGAAAAUGAACCGGAAGUGGGAGAGGCUCUCAAGGCCAAACUGGCCGACGGAACCGUUAAAAGGGAAGAACUUUACAUAACCAGCAAAUUGUGGAAUACCAUGCACCGACCGGACUUAGUCGAGCCCGCCAUCAGGACAACCCUUAAAAAUUUGGGUCUGGAGUACUUGGACUUGUACCUAAUUCACUGGCCGAUGGCCCUCAAAGAGGACGACGCCCUGUUCCCCGUUAACCCAGACGGCACCACCGCUUUCAGCGAUGUAGACUACGUGGACACGUGGAAAGCCAUGGAGGAACUGGUGAAGAAAGGUCUCACCAAGUCCAUCGGCGUUUCCAACUUUAACAAGAAACAGUUGGAAAGAGUUUUGGCGGCCGCCACUAUUCCACCCGCAACGAACCAAAUCGAAGUCCACCCAUACCUCAACCAGAAGAAACUUAUUGAGUUCUGCCAGUCCAAAGGUAUCGUGGUUACCGCGUACAGUCCCUUGGGAUCCCCAGACAGGCCAUGGGCCAAACCGGACGACCCACAACUGCUCGAGGAUCCCAAACUUCAAGCGAUCGCCAAGAAAUACGGAAAAACCCCCGCUCAAGUUGUCAUCAGGUACGGUAUCCAAAGAGGUUUAAUCGUCAUUCCGAAAUCGGUCACCAAGUCCAGAAUCCAAGAGAACUUCGACAUUUGGGACUUUGAACUUUCCGCCGACGAUAUGGCCCACUUGGACACCUUCGAUUGCAACGGAAGGAUCUGUCCAUAUGCCGAUGCAUACGAACACAAAGACCAUCCCUUCAGUCAUGACGAAUGGUAAAAACUGACCAUUUACAAUCGCCGAAAGUAAUUCGGUGAUUUUCAUGGUGUUAAAAGUUUGUUUUAUGCAAACGCGUUUAAAUUUUAAUGUAUUUGUUACAUGCAGUUUUUAAAAAAAUAAAGUGUUAUUUUCGAUA